AUGACUUCUGAUAAUUUGGAAAGCUCAGAACCCAGCCCUCUUCUGUUUUCCGUUGUGAAAAUAUUGUCCGACAAUGGACUUAGAAAAACAUUGAAGAGGCUAAGAAAGGAAACCAAGUGCAAGAAGCUGAAAGAGAAGCAUCUCCCAGAAGAAAUUAAAAAUGCAGAUUUUAACAAAAUGGUUUCAGCAUUGUUCAAAAAGAGAAAACGUAGCCAAAACAAAACAGAAAGAAAGACGAAAAAGCCUGAGGAAUCAUCAAAGGUUUUGAAUGGAUUUGUUAAGUCUUCCAAAGGCUUAGAAAGCACAAUAGAAGAAUCCAAACAAUCUGAUUCUGGUAAUUCUCAAGCAUCUGAUAACUCUGGUCCUAAUCAAAAUGAAAGUGAUGCUCCUACCUCAGGAGUUCCAUUUAGGAGAAUUCAAGACGAAGUGUGGUUAAAUAGGAUAGAAAAGGAAGAACUGAAAGUGAACUCUUACAAAAUGAAGAAUGAUGCAUUUGGCCAGAAAGCUGCUGAGGAACUUGGCUCAGUAAAAGGAAAGGACUUUAAGUCCCAAAAAUAUAAGAAAAAACGUUCUUCUUGGAGCGGCUCAGGUGAAAUAACAAGUUCUGUGAAUUCCUUUUGUUUUUACACAUUAACUCUGCCAAAACAACCAAUUUAUCCAAAAAAUAACUCCAAUAUGGAAAAUGUGUGA